UUUAGCUUCCUGAACCAUCCUAUAGCUACUUUAAGUAGUUGCAAACGGUUUCUGUGACUCACAGGAGAAGAAAGAAUGUCAGGUCCUCAGUGCUGCUCAAACCCUCCGACCCUCAACCCUUCCAGCGGCACCGGCCAUGUCGAAAAGCUCGGCGGUCUCGACUCCUAUGUCACUGGCUCCCCUGACUCCAAGCUCGCCGUCCUUCUCGUCUCUGACAUUUUUGGAUUUGAAGCUCCAAACUUGAGGAAGCUUGCUGACAAAGUUGCAGCUGCUGGGUUCUUCGUUGUGGUCCCCGACUUCUUGAACAAAGACCCUUAUGUGCCUGAAGAUGCCAAUAGACCUCUUCCUGUUUGGAUAAAAGAUCACGGACCGGACAAGGCAUUUGAAGAUGCAAAGCCAGUUCUUGAAGCUCUAAAAAGCAAAGGUGUUUCUGCAAUUGGGGCUGCUGGCUUCUGUUGGGGAGCCAAGGUUGUGGUUGAACUUGCAAAGCACGCCUUAAUCCAAGCUGCUGUUCUGUGUCAUCCUUCAUUUGUCACUGUGGAUGAUAUCAAAAAGGUUAAGGUUCCGAUUUCUAUACUUGGAGCUGAGAUUGAUCAGAUGUCCCCGCCUCAACUCGUGAAACAGUUUGAAGAGGUUUUAACUGCAAAUGAGGUUAAGAGCCAUGUGAAGAUAUUCCCGAAAGUGUCACACGGGUGGACGGUGAGGUACAACGUCGAAGACAAAGCAGCUUGUAAAUCUGCCGAGGAGGCUCAUCAAGAUUUGUUGGAGUGGUUCUUAAAGCAUGUCAAGGGAGUGACGUUGUCAGCGUAGUGGUUUUCCUUAUCUUAUCAGCUGCUCUCUAUUAGUAGUGAUUAAAUAAUGCCUCUGGGAGUUUUAUGUACCAGUAUUUCAGCUGCUCUCUAUUAGUAGUGAUUAAAUAAUGCCUCUGGGAGUUUUAUGUACCAGUAUUUCUUUGUAAGGUUUUGUAGUUUGAACUGGACUGGACCGGCGUCCUCCAUGUAACCCGGAAGAACCUCGGACACCAUUUUGUUGUCAUAUAAGUAUACUAGUUGGGGACGCCAUAUGGUUAUGCCUCCCACCAAAAA